UACGUAGAAGUAUAAGAGUAGGAGCUUUGAGUAGACAACUGAAAAUUCCUGAAAAAUACAGAUCUGAAAGUUAAAUACAGUGUAGGGUGUAUAGUGUAUACACUGCAGCUGAAGGAUCGAUUGCUUUCUGUUCCAUGGAGGCCAAUAUUCUUUCCGUCCUCCACCAAACUGUAGAAGUUGAGAAGCAUCUACGUGGUUCCAACCAUGUGAAGGGGGUUCUAGUCCUUGAUCAUAGAGGACUCUGCCUUGCUUCACAGGGUGAGGGUAAGCCGGAGUUAGCGGGUUUAGCAACCAAACUAUCUGCAUUGGCAGGACGGAUAGAACCAGACGAGGAGAUUCCUGUUAUCCUUGUAGAGUCUGGAGUCAGGAAAUACUUGAUCAAGAGAGAAGAUAAAGUAACCGUUGUGAUUGUAAAAGAACUCUAGAAAAAAUGAAAUUAUUCCUCCUUAAUGUAUCCCUCUGUAUACUCCUAGUGGCCGGGGAUGAUCCUCGUAAGUUUAAACCCUACGAGAUCCUAGGAGUUCAACGCUCCUCUUCUACACAGGAAAUCAAGAAAGCGUUUAAACGUUUAGUAAAGGAACUUCACCCAGACAAGAAUAAGUCCCCGGAUGCUAAUGACAGGUUUGUUGAACUAGUCCGAGCCCAUGAUCUUCUAUCUGACCCUGAGAGGAAGCUGAACUAUGAUAACUACGGUAUUACCGAGGAAUCUCCGAACUUCAAACAGAAGCAUGACUAUGCCCAGUAUAACAGGUUUGGAGAUCCCUUCGAUCAUCUUCGUGAUUUGUUCGGAGAAGGAUUUGGAAAAUUUCGAACUGGCAGAGAACAAAAUAUUUUCCAUAAGCAGAGUGUGACGUAUAAAGCGUAUAGUACAACCCUGGUUCCCUCUAGUUACAAGCAACCUCAUCUUGUUCUCUUCUAUUCAGAUUGGUGCUUCAGCUGCGCACAGGUGAUUCCUAUGUGGUCUAAGUUAGUUGAGGAGCUGGAACCAAUAGGAUUUGUUCUAGCCACAGUGCACACUGAACAUGAGAGAGAACUCGCCAGAAAGAUCGGAGUUAGAGAGCUUCCCCACCUUGUUCUUCUCACUGAUGGAAAGGUGACACACUACCGAGAGAGUAUCCUGUCUGUAGUAAAGGUUCUGGAGUUUAUCCGGCGGAAACUUCCCUAUAAACUGGUUCAGAGGAUUGACGAUACUAACCUCGAGGACUUCCUCAAUGGUUGGUCGGAUAACAGGGUUAGGGUUCUACUAUUCGGCAAACUUGACGUUGUCAGACUUAGAUAUUUGACCUCUGGGUUCAAAUACCGUGAGAGAGCAGCUCUGGGAUAUGUCCAGGUGAUGAGCAAGGAGGUGGAUAAGACCCUGAGAAGGUUCGACAUCGACGUGAGCAAGGAUACCCUGCUUCUGUUCCAGGAGGAUUCUAGUAAACCUGUUGCUAGCAUCAGUAUGACAGAUCUUCCAACCAAUACUAUUCUAGAGGUUAUUGAGAAACAUCAAUUUCUACAGCUUCCACGACUUUCUUCACAAAGAGUUUUUGACGCCCUAUGUCCGACAGAAUCCAGUAAAGCUCGAAAACGCCUUUGUGUAAUCUUGUUCUGUCGGGACACCCCGGACCAGGACCUUCUCCGGGACUCUAUGCGGGACUUCGUCCUCACCAACUCCUUCUCCAAGGAGAGAGUGAGGUUCACCUACGUGUUUCUGGAGCGGCAGCCGGAGUUCAUCAAUGCAGUAGCAAAGGACGGAUUUGACCCUGAGGAAAAGGUUCUCCUACUGUGGAGGCGGGGUGAGGAGAACGCUAAAUAUGAAUGGUUGGAGAACUCCUGGAGUGGAUCCAACACGAGUAGAGAUGAACUCAAGGAAACCCUCUCUAGGUUCCUCUCAGCUAACGAGGUUCUCAGUGGAGAAGCGGUUAUUCAACAUCUAGUAGAUGAACAUGCUUCUAGUAUAUUUGUCAGGAUUGCAAACAAGAUGAUCGAGUUGAGUGAGAUCUUGAGGGACAAUAUUACCAAGGACGAACUCAUCCCCGCCGCGAGCCUGGUCGUCACCGUCGGCGUGAUCGUCGCCGGCGGGUACGUGAUGUCCUAUCUUGUCAGGAUUGAGGAGGAAAAUGUACAGAAACAACUGGGAGCCAAGGGACUAAAGGUUGACCGGAAGGGUAAGGUUGUCCCUGAGCUGAAGAUUCAUGAGCUCCGAGCAGAAACUUACAACGGGAUGAUUCGUCUUCUAAAACCCGGUUGUAGAACCGUAGUUCUCAUCGUGGAUAGGGAGUCGAAGGAGAAGCUGGUGGCCAAGUUCUACAAACACGCCUGGCCCUUCAGGAGGAAUAAAACCUUGAUGUUCGGGUUCAUGUAUAUAGAGAAGGGUUUAUCCUGGUAUAAGAAGAUACUGAACCUGACCCUACCAGAGCCCAGGGAUAUCAAGAUCAAUCCUAAAAACUGUAUUGGAACUGUUCUGAGUUUAAAUGGACAUCGACGAUAUUUCUGCAUGUAUCAUGCUAAGCACCCCGAGGCCGCCAGAAGGCCAGGGUACUAUACGUCCUCAGGAGCAUUCAUGGGCUUCGAGAGCGAGAAUGACAGUUCUGAUAACGAGGAUAUCGAAAGGGCAAAGCCGGCUCCUGUGCUUGAUUCUCCUGAUCACCUUCCAAUAUUCGAGGAUCAGCUCCUGGAUGGACUUCAGAACUGGAUGGAUCGACUCUUCGAAGGAACUACCUACAGGUAUCAUGUCAACUACUGGCCCGAGUUCCCGAUAUCUCCCUCAACUUGGAACAAUAAGUGAACUUGCAUCUUGGAACGCGUGGUGUUCCUUCGUUAUAUUUCCCCUUGAAGCUGGAACACUGAUAAACCCCUGGAACAAAAUCUUAUCAAAAAAACAUCCGAAUAUUAAAUAUUAAAAAAGAUAAUCUUUCUGUAUUCAGUCUCCCCUUGAUCUCAGAUAUAAACGAGGUUAAGACCACGAACCUCCUCCCCUGGAAUAUGCAUAUAUCGGAUUAGUUUAAUAAAUCCGGGAAACUUCUCACCGCUCUAGUUCUGUCGGAUAUUACGUUAAUCUUUAACGAUUGAUCUUGAUAUCCAAUGUGAACACUUUCAAAUUUGAGGAUAAGAGAUUGAUCUCUCGGUAAAAGAAGAAUAAAACACAAAAGUUCUAACAACCUCAGAGUUUAUCAUGUUUUUUUUGCUCGGAAAUAAACGUGAAAUCUGGAAUUUCAAAAAUUUUAACCUCUGUAAACCUUUUUAAUUUUCUUACUUUAGUUUUUUAUUAAACAAUACAUUCUCGUAAAUUGUACGCAUUCUUACAUUAUUAGUAAAAUCUGCCCGCAUUUUUUCACUGGGCCGCCCGAUGUUGAUUGGUUAUACGCUAGGACUGAUUAACCGAUGUGCACUUCAAUAUCCUAUAAAUACCACAACAACCGGUUUAAUUAUAAAUUGUGAUCCUUGAAACCCAGUAAAAGAAAAGUGUGUCACUUUUCACCACAUUUAGCACAUUGUGCAACUAAUUGUAAAUAUUGAUAAUAAAUCGUUAUGAAAUUAAAA